AUGGUCAGAUUGGUGGUGGGUAAAGAGAUUGAAGACUUUGAAACCGAAUGUUUCUUCGAAGAUGAGUUCCUGAACAUCAAGCUUUCUGAUUACAAGGGGAAGUACGUUCUGUUGUUCUUCUAUCCACAUGAUUAGUAAGUUUACAUUCAAUGUUAAGCAUUACAAAAACUCAUUAUUAAUAUAAAAAUUAAAAUUUAUAUUGCAAGACUACUGUAUUAUUUUAGACAUUAAAAGAUCUUGUUGUUGUAUGAAAAUACAAAAAUAAUUUCUUAUUAGUACAGUACGACUAAAAUAGUAUUGUUUAUCAGUCUGUACUAUUACUAAAACAAUAUUCCCAUUACUUUUUAAUACAGCCGUUACGAGUAUCAUUAAGUUGUUAAUCUACUUUAAAUACUUAUAAAAUCAAUUAUUCAUCAUUAUUCCAAGUACCUAGACAUCAAUAUCGAAUUACCUAUAAUAAUAUUGUUUGAUGUAACGGUUUCCAUAAUUUUACCCACGCUCAUCUAAUAAUAUUAGGUUGUUCAAGUAUUUCUGCGCCCCUCUGAAAGAAAAUUUUUGGGGUUAGGAGGCACAGAAGUAUUUGAACAUUUUUAUUGUUAGGGGCACAAAAUUACUUGAAUAACGUAAUAGGUACUAAGAAUAAGUGCUUAGUCAAAAGCCAGCUGAACAAGAGCUCCAAGAACUGUCGAUCAAGAAGUCGACCUUCGAUGAUCUGAAUACUCAGGUUCUGGCACUGUCUACAGAUUCCAAAUACACACACUUGUCAUGGAUUCAACAAGGAGAACUGGGACCGGUCAAAUUCCCGAUGGUAACUGAUCAUGCUCAUACUAUUGGCAGACAGUAUGGUAUUCUGAACAGUGAAGAAGGGAAAGAUUACAGGUAUACUUACUACUUUUUAUUGUUGUAGAAAGCACUAUUAUUGAUUGGACAGUUCAAAUAAUUCUAUGCCCCCUAUCAAAACAAAUUUUUGAAGUUGGGGCACAGAAUUAUUUGAACCACCUAAUAGUACCUUAUAAUAUAUUGUUUGUUUACUUUUCGACCAAGUUUUUGUGUAAAUGUUAUUGUAGAUUCAUCAAAAACAAUAACUUUUGGGUUCCGAGGAUUCAGAAGGCUUUGUUUCUUUCAGUUUUCAAGCUCGAAAGGCUUUGUUACUUUUAUUUUUGUUUUUUUCAUUAACAUUCACAAAGUGCAUCCGACAUCAUUACAUGACGCUUUUACAGAACAGUAAUCAUCGUCGACCAGAACAUGAUUGUCAGAUAUUUUUCUGUCUACAGUGAUGAGUCUACAGUGUCCAUCGAUGAAAUCAUCAGAGUUUUGACUCAAAUUCAGAAUCAAAAAUGA